AUGACUGUCCCCAACGGCUCCGCAAAGGGUAACACCUUCCUCUUCACUUCCGAGUCCGUCGGUGAGGGCCACCCCGACAAGAUCUGCGAUCAAGUCUCCGAUGCCAUCCUCGAUGCCUGCCUCAAGGAGGACCCUCUCUCCAAGGUCGCCUGCGAGACCGCCGCCAAGACCGGUAUGAUCAUGGUCUUUGGUGAGAUCACCACAAAGGCACACCUCGACUACCAGAAGAUUAUCCGCAAUGCCAUCAAGGACAUCGGCUACGACUCUUCGGAGAAGGGCUUCGACUACAAGACCUGCAACGUUCUCGUUGCUAUUGAGCAGCAGUCGCCCGACAUUGCUCAGGGUCUCCACUACGAGGAGGCUCUUGAGAAGCUCGGUGCCGGUGACCAGGGUAUCAUGUUCGGCUAUGCCACCGACGAGACCCCCGAGCUCCUUCCUCUGACCGUCCUCCUCUCCCACAAGCUCAAUGCUGCCAUGACCUCCGCCCGCAAGGACGGCUCCCUGCCAUGGCUCCGACCCGACACCAAGACCCAGGUCACCAUUGAGUACGCUCACGAUGGCGGUGCCGUCAUUCCCCUCCGUGUCGACACUGUUGUCGUCUCUGCCCAGCACAGCGAGGACAUCACCACCGAGAAGCUCCGUGAGGAGAUCAAGGAGAAGAUCAUCAAGAAGGUCAUCCCCGCCAACAUGCUUGAUGACAAGACCGUCUACCACAUCCAACCCUCUGGUCUCUUCAUCAUUGGUGGUCCCCAGGGUGAUGCUGGUCUUACCGGACGUAAGAUCAUUGUCGACACCUACGGUGGUUGGGGAGCCCACGGUGGUGGUGCUUUCUCCGGAAAGGACUACUCCAAGGUCGACCGCUCUGCUGCCUACCUUGCGCGCUGGAUCGCCAAGUCGCUUGUCAAUGCCAAGCUGGCCCGCCGUGCGCUCGUCCAGCUGUCAUACGCUAUCGGUGUCUCCGAGCCUCUUUCCUUGUUCGUUGAGACCUACGGCACCUCGGAGAAGUCCUCGGACGAGCUUGUGGAGAUUAUCCACAAGAACUUCGACCUUCGCCCCGGUGUCAUUGUCAAGGAGUUGAACCUCAUUGACCCCAUCUACUUCCAGACCGCUAAGAACGGUCACUUCACCAACCAGAGCUUUACUUGGGAGAAGCCCAAGGAGCUCAAGUUUUAA